GGCGCGCGCGGACGGACAUUUUCAUCCGCCAUUUUCUUUGCGACGCCAUUCCGUGAUCUGACAUCACUUCCUUGUUUACCAAAUCCGUCAGAAGACAAGAAAAUUGUGAUUUGUCUGUAUCCACAAAUGCGAUUAAGUGACAUAUGAAAACAGAGAAGAUUUUAUCAACUAAUCAAAAAUCUAUUGACUUCAUUUGGAAUAAUCAAAGCCGACGAUUAAAUAAUGAUAGACAAUAACUGAACGAAGAUUAAAUAUUCCAUAUUUUCAACUAUCCCGAUAAGAAAAACCAACAAAAUGGGAAGCAUGAGAAUUGAGAACAGCUUGUAGGAGCUAAGGACUCUAACUACAUAUUUCAAAUAUCAAUGCUAAAUUAUAGACUGGUGUCGACGCAUUUUCUGAAGCAACCGUAAAUUGUAUUCUGGACGAUUUUUAUAAAACUAUAAGUGACGUCACUAAACUAUGUGCCGUGAUCGAGAUAUGCCAGUGCAGAGUGAUAUAAUCAAAUAAAUCUGUUAUUUUCAAACUACUAGCUGUGAAAUUCCAGUGUAGAAUUAAGUGUUCCGCCAAAACGGCGCGCGUUUAUGAUCCACCGUUACGUUUUGUUUCUUUCAUUUUGUUUUACAUCAAGGGAUAAGCAAUAGUUUAUUUGUUCUGAUAGCGGUCGCGGAUUGUGGAAGGGGUUUUGCCUAAAAGCGGGCCCCGUUCACUCGACCCUGGCCAGCCGCAGAUACAAUUUUUCUAGAAUCUUGGACACCAUUGUAGAGGCUGCAAGAUACUGUAUUAAACGCAUAACGGCCGAAAACUUUUGGAAAUUGUGGGAUUUAGUUACAAGUGUUAACUUAGCCUGAAGCGAUCAUGAUACUGUUGGAAGUUACUCAGGGCUACGGGCACAGCACAGAGUGCUCGAGCGAGCGGCGGGUAGUAAUAUCUGAGACCGGGUGGCGUGCGCAGUGCGAGCGGGAGCGGGAGAAGACGGAAGAUAUGGCAGCACCCGAGUGUGAGCGUGAGGCGCGCAAACGACGCGAGCGCCGCGACUCUGGCUGCGCGCACGAGCGCAAGGAGCGGCGGCCGCACAGCGAGGAGCGCGCCCAGCCCCAGCCGCCGCUGGCCCCGCUGCCCCCGCCACCGCCGCUACACGACCACAACCGUAUUGAGUCGGAGCGUCGCGCAGAGCGUCUGUCCCGCGCACGUCGUCCACAGCUGGGUGGCAAGCGUCGCCGCCCUCCCGCCCGUAUACCACGACAACCCAAAGAGAACGAGAUCUUCCACGAUGAUGUCCGCUGCGAUACACCACCACAUUAUGAGUGUCUUGUUCAGAAGCCAGAAUUGGGCCCAGAGUUGGAGCAGCUGGAAAACGUCGGCCGGCACGAGGAGGUGGAGCACGCGCGACGCGACGAGCGCAGCGUGGCGCCGCGGCGCGUCCAGCCCACUGCUGACCGACGGCUAGACAAAAUCAAUAAGAAGAUAAGCGUCUUAAAGAAGAACAUUGCAAAGUAUGAGAACGAGUACGAGGUGCAGAACGGUCGCGCCAUCACACCUAGCGACCGCAUCACAGACGUGCAACUGACGCGAAUGCACGAAACUCUACGCAAGCUGCAGGCAGAAAAGCGCUGUAUAAAAACUGAUCCAUUAGAGUACGCACUUAAAGCUAAAGCUGCUAAACAACAGAAGGAGAGAGAUGCGAAGCUGGACGCAGCGCUUAACAGCGAUAAACCAAUGGCUGAACUAGUCCGUGAUAUUGAAGAGGAAGCUGAGGAGUGUAAAAUGUUCUCUAACGGUAGGCACUAUGACGUAGCGUUACAAGACACUGCAGACAUUGAGGGGAGCUCAUUGGGCUCCGCCUGUGCGGAUAAGUGGCUGCAGGGAUGCCGUGAGAUGGACGGUCGGUCCUCAGUGGCAGAGGCGCGGUGGUCGGGCGCGCAGCUGUCGGCAGAGAAGCUGUGCGUGCAGCGCGCGCUGUUGCGGCUGGAGGCAGCACGCGGCCGCCCGCCAGUGCACUCGGCAGACCGCGGCGCCGCCCGACAUCUCUAUGAACGGUAUCGAGCUGUUAAGAGGGCCCUCGCCGCCACGCGCAAUGAUACUAUAAUAGGCACAAACGGCGAGUUGGCGACCAUCCACGAGCACGAGGCAAUCGUGUUCAGCAGCAGCCUUGAUAGCUCCAGCGACUCGCAGGAGCGCGCCACCGACUCCUCGCAGGAUACCGCAGAGGCUAUAGUUAAUCUGCAGCCGUUACGACGACGUGAGGUGCGCGAGGGGGUCGAGGUAGUAGAAGGGGGCGAGGCGAGCUCAGCGGGGGAGGAGCUGCCGUCCUCGUCGUCUGCGCAGUCGGCCGCCAGCGACGAGCAGGCCAAUGCCGGCCUGCACUGCCUCGGCCUCGACGACCUCACGCGCGCGCUCGCCGAGGCCAAGCUGCACAAAUGUGUGCUGCGUCGCGGCAUCAAGGAGUACGAGGUGAACUUCGAGCAGCAGCACAGCAGGAAACUGCAGAAGGACGACAAGAAAGGCAACGAAGAGGAAUACAUUCGCUACAAGGCGAUUAAGGCCAGGAUCAAGCUUCUUAACGCACUUAUAAAUAAACAAAAAUCCAAGGCUUAAAGUAAACAUUUUACUUUGCCCUUCGGCUGUGGAAACACUUGUAUACAAUAAUAUUAUCAUCCCUUUCUUGCUCUUUGAAAAAACAGAGACAACAUGAGUCAAUACAAGUGAUAUGACAGUCGCAAUUUCAUUAGGAUUUAUAUUUCAUUCCAAUUCCAAUGCAUAUUUUUCAUUACAUAUGUAGUAACAUGUAACAAUAGCAAUUAACUUCAGACGUAUUCUUUGUAUAAUACAAUUAGAUUGCAAAUAAUAGUUUCAUACAUUUUAGUAAACAGUAAGAUACAUUUUGAGGAUUC